CCUGCGAAAUGUGCAAUGCUCGUUAUGCUGUGAAUGCUGCCGCCAUUGCUGCGCAAUCCCUCCUGCUGCCUGCACCAAGACGUGUCUGGCAACCUGUCCCUUUUUCGGUGCGCCCUCCUGUUUCAGACUGAUCACAGCGUGUUACUUCUGUAAGCCUUUGCCAGCUGUUUCUACUUCCAAAGGAGGUACGCGGUCAAUCAGGUCCUGGAGCAAUGGCAGCCACGUUCCGCAGCCUGCGCAUGGCCCGGCCCUUGGCCCGCCUAUCAGUCACCCCGGCGGCUCGUGGGGAGCAGGGCCGGCCAGGGCUGCCCCUGGUGGCAGGGGAGGGUGUGACCGAGGUGCCCGAGGCCAGGACUGCUACGUCGAGCUGGGACACCACCUUGCGCACAGCUGCAACCUGGCCGCUGUCCGUAAGGUCCCUGCAGACGUCUGCAUACGAUGGCGACGAUGGCCGGCUGGCCAGGAGCGAGGUGCAGCAGUCGGAGCCGGUCCCCGCAGAGGAGCAGCUGCGGCGCGCACGGCAGCGGGUGCAGGAAGCAGCGGGGACAGCCAGGAGGGGGGCGGGGCAGGCGCAGGAGGCGGCGGGGGAGGUGAAGGAGGCGGGCAAAACAGCGGCGCAGGAGGUCAAGGAAUCAAGCAAGCACAAGGUGGGCCAGUGGAAGAACGAGGGCGAGCGGAUGAAGGAGGCGGCGAAAGGCAAAGCCGGGGAGGCAGCGCACAAGCUGGGGCAGGCUAAGGAGGCAGGCGAAGAGAAGGUGCACGAGAUGAAGGAGGCAGGGCAAGCCAAGGCGGAGCAGGUCAAGGCAGCGGCCAAGAGAACAGCGGGGGAGGCGGCGGAGAAGGCGGGGCAGGCCAAGGAGGCGGGCAAGGAGAAAGCAGAGCAGGUGGCGGAGGACGCCCAGGACAAGGUGGACGAUGCCAAGGGCGUGCUGGGCCGCAUGGCGGAGGCGGCUGCGGCGCAGGCGGAGAUCGAGAAGCGGGAGGCGCAGCGCAUGAUCGAUGCGAGCAAGCAGAGCUGGAAGGAGACGGGCGAGCAGCUCAAGGACGCGCUGCCGGACAGCGUGAAGCAGCAGGCGGAGAUUGAGAAGCGCGAGGCGCAGCGGAUCCUGGACGAGAGCAAGCAGAGCUGGCGCGAGACGGGCGAGCAGCUGAAGGAGGCGCUGCCGGACAGUGUGAAACAGGCCGCGGCGCAGCUCAAGGACGCGGUCGCCGACCGAGUGCACAAGGAGGCGCAGGUUGCCAAUGAAAUCAAGGAGAACACCAAGAAGUCUUGGGGCUCAGCUGCCGAGGAGGCGAAGAAGUUGGCACGGGAUGUCACCCAGAAGGUCAAGAGCACUGUGGGGAGCGACUAGUCGUGGCCCACGUCGAGAAACGGCCGGAGGUCACCUAUCCAGGCCAAAAGAAGUCAGCCGGCGCGGGACCAUGGCACAGGCAAGUUUGCAGAUCUGCUUUUCCCAUCCAGUUUAGGGGCCGGCUUUUGAAACAGAUAAUUACUAAGAAGCGAAAGAGCGCCAGCACGUGUACCCUCAUGAAAUACAAUAAGAAGGCACGGUCGGGACUGAAAACCCAGCCGUCCACAGAAAGUACAUAGUCCUGCAAGCAGCACGUGACUCUUACUUAAGUUACUUACGCUACCUUCAAGUGGUAAACACUCUACGAGCGAACCAUAGAGCACUCGUGGCACUGUUUUGGCAAAUAUAUCGUAGAGGUGUACAUCCACCCAGCCGGCUUCGGUCACACUUGGGACGGCCCUACAUAGCACGCCGGUAUGCAUGCUAUACUAACUAGGUAGUUAAGACAAUAACAAUAACAAUAACAAUAACAAUAACAAUAACAAUAACAAUAUCGAUAUACAAAGCAAUUCGUUGGCCAAACCAACUAAAUGCCAAGAAUCAAGUGCCAAAGCACCUAGACUGGUGCGUCAAUGGACGAUUAAAAUCCGGACGUAAGCAAACCCAAGAUCUGGGUUUGGACUGGUCAAAGAUCCGCCUAUUCUGCCGGCGACCCCCUGAGUAGUGGGCUACCACUUUAUUUAUAUAGAUUGUCGAC